GCUUCUUCCAGCAUUCUGCUUCACGAUGGCAACCGGAGUGGCAGCGUGGCUUCCCUUUGCCAGGGCUGCAGCCAUCGGCUGGAUGCCCGUGGCCAACUGCCCCAUGCCCAUCGCCCCGGGGGACAACAGCAAGAGGCAGGACGAGCUGAUCAUCCUCAACGUCAGCGGCCGCCGCUUCCAGACCUGGAGGACGACUCUGGACCGCUACCCAGACACGCUGCUGGGGAGUUCCGAGAAGGACUUCUUCUACAACGAGGAAACCAAGGAAUACUUCUUCGACCGGGACCCCGACGCGUUCAGGAGCAUCCUCAACUUCUACCGCACCGGGAAGCUGCACUACCCGCGCCACGAGUGCAUCUCCGCCUACGACGAGGAGCUGAUCUUCUUCGGCAUCAUCCCCGAGAUCAUCGGCGACUGUUGCUACGAAGAGUACAAGGACCGAAAGAGGGAGAACAUGGAGCGACUGCAGGACGACCAGGAGGAGAACAAGGACACAAAGCCGCCCAACAUGAGCUUCAGGGAGACCAUGUGGCGCGCCUUUGAGAAUCCUCACACCUCCACCAUGGCGCUGGUCUUCUACUACGUCACCGGGUUCUUCAUCGCCAUCUCCGUCAUCACCAACGUGGUGGAGACGGUGCCCUGCGGCUCCACCACCAACACGAAGGACAUGCCUUGCGGCGAGCGCUACACCGUGGCCUUCUUCUGCAUAGACACGGCGUGCGUGAUGAUAUUCACCGUGGAGUACCUGUUGCGCCUGUUCGCCGCGCCCAGCCGCUACCGCUUCAUGCGCUCCGUGAUGAGCAUCAUCGACGUGGUGGCCAUCCUGCCGUACUACAUCGGCCUGGUGAUGACCAACAACGAGGACGUGAGCGGGGCCUUCGUGACGCUGCGCGUCUUCCGCGUGUUCCGCAUCUUCAAGUUCUCCCGCCACUCGCAGGGCCUGCGGAUCCUGGGCUACACGCUCAAGAGCUGCGCGUCCGAGCUGGGCUUCCUGCUCUUCUCGCUCACCAUGGCCAUCAUCAUCUUCGCCACGGUCAUGUUCUACGCGGAGAAGGGCUCCAGCUCCAGCAAGUUCACCAGCAUCCCCGCCUCUUUCUGGUACACCAUCGUCACCAUGACAACGCUCGGGUACGGAGACAUGGUACCAAAGACAAUCGCUGGCAAGAUCUUUGGCUCCAUCUGCUCCCUGAGUGGCGUGCUGGUGAUCGCCCUGCCCGUCCCCGUCAUCGUCUCCAACUUCAGCCGCAUCUACCACCAGAACCAGAGGGCGGACAAGCGCCGCGCUCAGAAGAAAGCGAGGCUGGCCAGAAUAAGAAUAGCCAAGUCCGGCAACUCCAACGCCUUCCUCCAGAGUAAAAGCAACGGACUGCUCAACGAACUGCUGGAGCUUACGGGUACAGAGGAGCGCGAGCAGAAGCAGAACAAGUGCACCUCUCUGAUAGAAAGCCAACACCACCACCUACUGCACUGCCUGGAAAAAACCACUGCUCAUGAGUUUGUGGAUGAGCAGAUCUACGAGCAGAACUGUUUGGAAACGGCGCUGCAGACCUAUCUACCAUCACACAGCCCGUCUGUAGCCAGCCACGUCAGCCCGGUUGUAACGUGCUGCGGCCGGACAAGAAAGAGAAACAGUCCCCUUCCCAACGCCAGCCUGCCCUCGCCCCACCCCGUCCCCACACAGCAGGGCCCGCUGCAGGAGCUCAGCGCCAUCCACAUCCAGUGUGGUGACCAGCUGCCGCACACCACCAGCCGUUCAAACCUCAACCUGAAAAGCGAAGAUAGCGGCAGGAUCAACUGCAAAAGCGGUCGCAUCACCACAGCCAUCAUCAGCCUACCAGCACCUCCGGCUUUGACCCCUGACGGCGACGGUCUCCACGGGCCGCCGCAGCGGAGGCCGCCCCCGCCUCCAGGUCACCCGGCAGCCCCGAGCAUCCCGACCAAACCAAGCUCAGCUGGCACCAACAUUAUCAAAGUCUCCGCUCUGUAACUCUCAUCCUGGAAGAUGAAACUCAGCUCAGCGGGAAGAAAGAGAGCAAGUGCGGGAAGAAGAGAGAGAAGAGGAAACAGCUUAGACCCCGUCAUUAGUGGUUGUCUGGCAGACAUCAUCCCACAGAAGGACUGGAUGACUCAAACACGGCAUGACUAAUUGUGCUUGGAGCUAAACACCCACAUCUCCA